UCUACCUUCCAACAAAAACCAAAUACACAGAUCUAGCUUCAAACAACUAAUCAAAAUUUCGACCAAGAUGUCCGGAAUUGUUGUGAUUUUCGACUUUGAUAAGACGAUAAUCGACAUCGAUAGCGAUAAUUGGGUGGUGGAUGAAUUAGGUGCCACUGAUCUUUUCAACCAACUCCUUCCAACCAUGCCUUGGAACUCCCUCAUGGACAGGAUGAUGGAAGAAUUGCAUAUACAAGGCAAGACAAUCGAGGAUAUUGAACAAGUAGUAAAUCGUGUCCCGAUACAUCCUCGGGUUAUUCCUGCUAUUAAAGCUGCACACGCUUUAGGGUGCGAUUUGCGGGUAGUUAGUGAUGCAAAUACGUUCUACAUAGAAACCGUAUUGAAGCAUCUUGGCAUCAGAGAGUGUUUCUCGGAGAUUAACACUAAUCCGGGCUUCGUGGACGAUGAUAACAAAAAAGUAAGGAUUUUGCCGUACCAUGAUUUUAACAAGGCAUCACAUGGCUGUACCCUCUGUCCUCCUAACAUGUGUAAGGGGAAAAUAAUAGAGAGAAUCCAAUCCACAUUGGUGACAGAAGAAAAGAAAAGGAUUAUUUAUUUGGGAGAUGGAGCGGGCGAUUUUUGCCCGAGCUUAAAGCUUGGUGAAGGCGAUUACAUGAUGCCAAGGAAAGACUUUCCGGUUUGGGAUUUAAUAUGCAAAAACCGAAAUCUUGUUAAGGCUGAAAUUCAUGAAUGGAGUAACGGGGAGGAUCUCGAACUGGUCCUUCUUCAAAUAAUUACCACAAUACUAUCCAAGAACAAUGCUGCUGACAACAUGAACCAUUUGUUUGAUUGCAAGUUUGAGACAAUUCCCCUCAAAGCCAUGCCGAAAGCUCUCUAUGUCCCCCAUUAAUUAAUUAAUUGAUUGGACUUCAAAUCUUCAAUUGUCUGCUUUUUUAAUUAGUUCAUAUAUAAUGUUAACAUGGAUCAAGAUUGUAAUCCUAAAGUUUCCAAUAGAUCGAGAUGAAAUGCAUUGGAAUA